AUGCGACCCUCGCUCCCGAGCACGCUCUUCAUCGCGGUGCUGCUCGUCGUCGACGGCCAGCCGCUCCUCGCGCAGGAGCACACGCUCCCGACGCGGGCGAAGAAGAUGUCGCAACGCGUGACGCCGAGGCUGCGGUCCAUGGACGAUUUCACGACCCUCGCCGUCCAGCGCGCCAGCCUCACCCACGACGCCUAUCGCGCGGCGGCGCCGUCGACGUGGAUCUUCCUCAUCGGGGCCUAUCGGACGUUCUACUACGUGCGGCGCUCCGUGAAGAAGUUCGCGGAGCUCACGGCGCCCGGCGACUACGCGGUCGCGCUCGUCUGCUGGGACGACGAGCGCCUCGAGAACGUGAAGCUGAACAAGUACGGCUGGGGCUCGAAACAGUUCAACGAGGCGAACGUGCGCGCGGCCUUCGGCGGCGAGAAAACGCUCGCGGCGCGGCUCGCCGACGACGCGGCCUUCUUCGGCGGGCGCCUCGUCCUGUGCCUCGUCUACCGCGCGUUCGCGCGCCGGGGCGUCCUCGUGAGCGGCGUCACGUGGGAGAACUACGCGUUCCUGAACCGCGAGGCCUUCCGCCUCGCGCGCGGCGCGCGGGCGGCCCUCCUCGCGGCGGGCGCCGCGCCGGCGCCGGCGACCGAGAUCGUCGUGCGGUCGCGGCCCGACGUCUGCCUCGAGCGCGGCUUCGACCUCCGGGAGGUGCGGCGCCGCUACGACGCGGGACCGGCGGCGCGGGACCACGUCGCGUACGGGCAGCUCGUGGACGGCGACAUCUUCCUCAUGACGUCCUGGGACCUCUUCGAACGAGACAUCGCGGGGCCGCUGCUCGACCCGCCCGAGACGCCGUCGCUCGACGUCUCCAUCGCGCUCCGCAACAUGUGGCAGUUUACGCGGGCCCACCUGCCCGACCCGGAGGUGAACCCCUGGGCCGAGCUCUACCCGGAGCGCUGCGCGGCGGGGACCGCGCCGUGCGCGAUGCGCAUCAUGGAGGCCACGCGGGCGCACUGCCUCGUGCGUUUCGGCACGGCAUUGCAGAACAGGAGCGAGAUGGGCAGGCCCAUCGACGGCAUCCUCGAGCGCCCGACGACGCGCGACCCGGCCCGGGAGGCCAGGUGCCAGUACCCCGCGGCGAUCCACUUCCGCGCGAACCCGCGGCUCGACAAGACGCCCCCGCUCUCGCGCGCGCUGCCCGGCGGCUUCGGCGCGCUCCGCGACAAGCGCGAGGACCGGGGCAUCACCGCCGCGACGUGCCCGGACGCGUACUAG